AUGAGUGGUAUUAUUAAAAGCUUGGUGUAUAUACCCCGCAGUUCAAUGCAAAUAUACGCAUAUCCUGAAUUGCCACAAAACACUCCAUAUAUCUUUGGAUUGCUUCCAACUCUUGCGUUUGCAGACACAAACCACAACCCAAUUUAUUUCAUCGUCCCGUCAUCGCAACCGAUUCAAAGGAUGUAUGGGGUAUCACUAGUAUAUCCCACGCACGCGUUGGUCUUGUUGACUACAACUUUUCUGAUCGAUCCACUCAACAAACUCUUAAACUGUUAUUACUCUUUAUUCACAAGACCUUCUCCUCAACUCUUAACAGCACUUUACAACGCUAUGGACGCAUCGAAGGUAGUUCCUACUCCAAUUAUUCCAACAGAGGCGUUACUCUCUAAUAUCACUAAAAUCAUUAAACUGAUGUUGUUGCCAUUUAGAACAGUACUUUACUCACAGAUACCAGCUAACACAUCCCUCUCCCUUUUGUUCAUCAUGUCGUCUAUCCCAGGAACAUUUUUCCAGACUAAAGGAGACUGCCCAAAUUCAUUGGCAUUUCCUCUUAAAAUCGACACGCCAACACACCCCAUCAUCCCACAUUUCCCAACAAGUUGGCUCGAUAAGAUCAUCGGUGCCGACGGGUAUGUCAUUGGGACGACAUCACCCAUCUUCUCCGAGUUGACUAAAGACUGGGAUGUUGUUAUUAAUUUGGACAACGGGAAAGUGCGCUGUCAAAAGGAUGUUCAGAACGUCAUUGCGGAGACUCGUGAAGACAAAUUGUUCAUAUUGCAAAUGAAGGAGAUGUACCAGAGAAAACAAAUCGACAAUGUCAUGUUGGGCGUCGAGUGGUAUGUCCAAGGGCUUUUGAACACAAUUGCCCCAUUUGCAAAGAAAGUGACAAGCGUGUCGUGGAAUGAAAUAGCAAAUACACCAGCGAACGACUAUGGAAUUGCAUUUUUGAAGGAGUGGUUGUCGGCGCCGUCGUUCCAGGAGUGGAAGGAGAGAGUUUGUGUCGACCAAGCACUUAAGUUUGACGUUAAACAUCCGGGAAGAACUUCAAAGACGUCGUUUGGUUCAUACACAUCGGAGAGUAUCACAUCGAUGCUUACGACUGAUUGGAUGAUCAAAGGUGCUGUGAAGGUGGAUAACUUCUAUAGAGGGAUUGAGAAGUAUUGGACAAAAGAAGAGGAAGAAGCGCCCGUUGAAGACACUCCCAUUGUUGUCACGGAGAAAAGUGAAAUCAAAGAACCGUUGGAUGUGGUUGAAGCAAAAGAAGAGAAGAAGGAACUACCAAAAGAAGAUUUAAAAGUAGUUUUUGACAAUGUAGAAGUGAAGGAAGAAAAUAAAGAGGCGCAUGUUGAGACUCAAUAA